GUAGCACAGAAGCAGGAGAAAUGAACGGCAGCGGUUCGUCUUAACUUGAUGUUUCAUGGGUGUUGAGAGAAAACUAGCAACCAAGUAUUACUAACACGAGUGGCUACCAGUUCCAGCUUCUUUCCUUUGCACCAGGUCUGUGUAAUGUACCUCACCACAGAACACUGUCGGCUGCAACAAGCAAAGACUGGCCAGUUUGGACGUCAUGGAAAGCGAAUGUAAUUCAAGUAUUUGAUGAGAUCAGAUUUUUGAGAGGACUCUUCAGUGUCGGAAGUUUGGAAUCUGCUGUCUGUCGAUGUGAAGCGAGGUUCAGGUGAUUACCGCUAGUAUUACAGCUGCAUGAGAGAGAGAGAGACAGAAAUAAUUUUGCCUAAUGAUGCAUCCACCUGUGUGCAUAUUGUAAAAAUCCUCUGGCAUCCAGUAAUAAUUUAUUGCCAAAAGCGGGCCUCACCAAUCAAAAUGACGAUUUUCCGAAGGUUUUUAAGGAAGCGUUUAUUUCCCUGGAAACUGGUAGUAGUCGCCCUCAUUUUCAUUACAUUUGUGUUUCUCAUACAACGGGAAGUUGUCGGUCGGGAUCUGCAGGAAGAACCUUGGCUCAAAGACAUUGUAGACAAGAGGGAUGCUGUGUUAGGAAUGGUGAUGGGGGCAGUCAACAAUUUCAGGGAUGCAAUGCCAAAAAUGCAAAUUCAAGCACCUGUCCGACAACUUGACACUGCUGACAGCAAGCCGUGUUUGAAUGGGUAUUACACAGCAGCAGAGCUGAAGCCUCACCUGGAGAGGCCGUCUCAAGACCCCACUGCUCCAGGGGCCUCCGGGAAAGCUUUUCCAACUGACAAACUGAGCCCAGAAGAACAGAAGCAAAAGGAGAAAGGGGAGGCCAAACAUUGCUUUAAUCUGUUUGCAAGUGAUCAGAUUUCACUUAGUAGAGACCUUGGACCGGACACGAGACCUCCAGAAUGCAUUGAACAGAAAGUCAAGCGCUGUCCGCCUCUUCCAACCACUAGUAUAAUUAUCGUGUUCCACAAUGAAGCAUGGAGCACACUGCUGAGGACAGUGUACAGCGUGCUGCAUACGUCUCCCGCCAUCUUUCUGAAAGAGAUCAUACUGGUGGAUGAUGCAAGUGUUGAUGAUUACUUGAAGGAGCCGCUGGACGAUUAUGUAAAGCAACUCCACAUAGUUAAGGUAGUCCGGCAAAAGGAAAGAAAGGGACUUAUUACUGCCAGGCUACUGGGGGCAGCGGUGGCCACAGGGGAAGUCCUCACCUUCCUAGAUGCACAUUGUGAAUGUUUCCAUGGCUGGUUGGAGCCGCUUCUGGCGCGGAUAGCAGAGAACUACACCGUAGUGGUAAGCCCAGACAUUACAACAAUCGACCUCAAUACCUUUGAGUUUAUGAAACCGUCUCCCUAUGGGCAAAACCACAACCGAGGCAACUUUGACUGGGGUUUAUCCUUUGGAUGGGAAAGCCUUCCUGACCAUGAGAAAAAAAGAAGAAAAGAUGAAACAUACCCAAUCAAGACACCAACAUUUGCUGGGGGGCUUUUCUCAAUCUCCAAAGAGUAUUUUUAUUACAUUGGAAGUUACGAUGAAAAAAUGGAAAUUUGGGGAGGCGAGAAUAUUGAAAUGUCUUUUCGUGUGUGGCAGUGUGGCGGGCAGUUGGAGAUCAUGCCAUGCUCUGUGGUGGGUCAUGUUUUCCGCACCAAAAGCCCACAUACAUUCCCCAAAGGCACUCAGGUUAUUGCUCGGAAUGAAGUUCGCCUAGCUGAAGUCUGGAUGGAUGAUUAUAAAGAAAUAUUCUACCGGAGAAACCAGCAAGCAGCCCAGAUGGCAAAAGAAGAAUCUUUUGGGGACAUAUCCCAAAGGUUGAAGCUCAGACAAAAUCUGAAGUGCAAAAACUUCUCGUGGUAUUUGAAGAACGUAUAUCCUGAAGGGUUUCUGCCGGAUUUGACCCCUCUUCGCUUUGGAGCUGUGAAAAAUAUGGGUAAGGAGUCCUGUCUAGAUGCUGGGGAGAACAAUGAAGGUGGCAAAAAAUUGAUACUAUACCCAUGCCAUGGGCUUGGAGGAAACCAGUACUUUGAGUACUCUACACAUCAUGAAGUUCGUCACAACAUCCAAAAGGAACUGUGUUUGCAUGCUACUGAGGAAGCUGUUACACUGGAAGAAUGUCAGUUCAAAGGUCAAGAUACACAUGUCGCAGUAGAAGAGAAGUGGGAGCUAAGAGAGGAACAUCAAAUUGUAAACCCUGCAACAAACAUGUGCCUUACUGCAAAAGAAGAGCACCCACGCCUGGACCCCUGCAACCCUGCUGAUAGAUUCCAGCACUGGACCUUUACUUGAGGCUCGACUCGGGGAUAUCUAUAUUUUCUUACAUAGUUGGAUAUUUGCACAGGGGAGAAAGAAAUGUGGUGUAUAUAUUCUAAAAACAGUUGGGUGUUUUGAUGCUGGUAUGGAGCUGAAAUGUUUUUUUUUUUGUUUUUUGUACAGUGCUAAAUAUGCAAAAGUACCAAAGAACUUUGUAGAAUAUCAAAUACAAAACGACAAAUUCUGACAAAUAUAAAUACACUAGUAUAGGUUCUAGCCUAUACAAGGUAAUAACUAUGUACUGUGAUAUUCAGACAGUCAGAAUUAUUUUUUUUAAACAUUUAAUGAUAAUUCAUCAGUAACUUUAAAUUAUUACAUUUAUUAUUCCUGUUAAUUUCCUCAAAAAAACCCCCCAAAAAACAACAUAAUACAUCUGUUUUACCCCCAUUCACAUGUUUGAAUUUAACCCGAAGCUUCUUACUGAACCAUUGCUUGAUCAUGCAGUUCAGUUAAUUUUCAUUCAACAUCUUUGUGACAGGAUUUGGCAUUAUUUCUACAGUGCAUAUAGUCUAAAUUAUUACUGCAUUUUUUCAUUACUAUUCAAUAUAACCAAGCUGUGAUACUUUAGAUAGAUGUAUUAUUUUCAGGUGCUGUGGAAGCGGAAAUCCUCCAUGGCACACACUUGCAAUACAGUUUUGCCAAGUGAUAAACUCUGCCCGAUUGCUCCCUCAUUUAGCUCUUAGGAAACACGCAGCCAUUGCUUAAAGAAGUGUUAGCUGUCGCCACAGGAUGAACUGACUACUGGUCUGUUUUCAGAAAGAUGUUAGUACGCUGAAAUCAUUUUAAGAGUUGACAAUUAGAAAUGUCUGCUCUACCGUAUUCCAAACCCUGCAUUCUCAGAUGGCUUUUAUUAAUGUAUUUACUUGGGCACACAAGUGCAGUUCAGCUCAAUUAGAUGUAUGUGUGAAUCUACUGCAUUACCAGCAGCAUUAGCAUUCACAUCAAAUCCCAGAGGUGGUCUUGAUUCAAUUGCAAAUAUUUGUUCCAUAAAGGGAAAGAGAACCAGCUUCCCCAUCCCCACUGUGAAAUUAAUUUCCAGAUAAACUAGGGUCAGUUUGGAUUAUUUAGAAUGAAUUCCUGUGUACCUGGGUCUUCAUGAAUACCUUUCAUCCAUUUGUUGAUUUGUAAUGAACAGUUUAGUUUUUAAAGGGAUAAAGUAUUUAAUAAUAAGUUUAAAAAGAAUACAGCAAAAACACCAAGUAAUCCAUAGUUCCAGGUAUGUUUUAUUAACCCCCCUCCCCACUGGAAUAAAACAAACAAAAGUCAAGAUUGUAUUUUGGCUCCCAUUUUUAAGUUACAAUGAAUAACUGAAAAACAAGACUUUAAAACAACUAUCUAGAAGCAGAAAGUGAAAAAAAAACCCUAAAAAUCUACUUUCCAAUUUCACAGGCUUCAUGGAUGUGGUUAAUCCAAGCGAAUGCUUAUUCAGAUUGACAACAAGUUUAUACAAUUUUAAAGAAAAAUACAGCCUAGUACAAUUGACACCAAUUUUCUGAAACAAAAGACAUUACAAAAAAAAAAAAAAAAAAUCAAUCUUUAUAUAUAGACUUUUGUAGUAAACCACAAUAAAUACAUUUCAUAAUAUCAUUCAUAAUAAAUACUGAAAAUGAUAAAUACAGUAGAAUACCACUAAAGAUCUGAUGGUUAUCAGUGUAGCUUGCUUUGGCACACAUCACAGGUUCAGUAAAGUACGUCUGUAGUUGUCAUACCAGUAUGUACAGGAAUUGUUUUUGUUGUUUUUAUACAAUUGUGUAGUUUUCCAUCACCAUUAGCAGCUUUUACAUGAAGCUGAGAAACUGUUUGUGCAGUCGCUCUAAUUGUUUAUCCAAUCAGUUUUCUAGGCUGCUAGGUUACAGGUUUUAAUGUCUGCUCUAUUGCUUAACAACACAGUUACCACUGCUUAUACUGUAUAUUCCAGGAAAACUUGUUUAUUUGUAAAGGCUUAUCUUGUAGCUUCUGGGACAUCUGAUGUAAAAAGGCCCUUAGAAUGGAACAGAAAAUGCAAAUAUAUUUUUAUUGAGAAGAUAAACACUGUCACUCAUACAAUAAUAUCUGUUAAGUUGAUAGUACAAAAGAAUCUUAUUAACAUAUAUGGAGCUGAGCAUGUCACUUGCAGUUUCUUUAGGAAUAAAAAAUAAGAAAAUCAGA